AUGGCCAAAGAAGGUAAACGAGGCGCCAAGGCCAUGCCAUCGAGGAGGCGUUCAGCUUUGGGACCCCGCGCAUCAUCAUCACCAUUUCACCACAGUGCGACCCAUACAGAAGACCCAAGCCUGACAACGAGCUGCGUUUCAUCACAGCGUCACUGCACCCGUGACGAAGCAGCUCGGCAGCGGCUCUCGAAGAGGCAUUUCACGCUCCCAAAGGCUCGUCGUUGA